GUCUUGUGUCACGUGACCAUUCACGUGAUCAGGAAGUAAGUUUCACAACAAACCACGAAACGUCAAGUCGAUAUUUUCUUGUUUUUGUUUAUUUAGGCUCAAUUUGGUUGUAAGUUGUUGGAUGUAUUAGUUUAUUCAGAGAGUUUCAGAGGUUAACCGCUAACAAGUUAACCACCCCCCAGAAAUGAAAACUGUUUUUGUUUUGCUCGUCGCCGUUGUUUCUCACUCGGCGGCGCGAUACUCCCCGGAUUGGAAAAGUCUGGACGGUAGGCCGCUGCCCCCAUGGUACGACGAAGCCAAGCUGGGCAUUUUUAUUCACUGGGGGGUAUUUUCGGUCCCCGCGUUUCAGAGCGAGUGGUUCUGGUGGCACUGGCAGGGCCAGCAGCCUCCCGACCCAAAGUGCGUCAGCUUCAUGACCGACAACUACCCGCCUGGGUUCAGCUACCCGGAGUUUGCGCGUCACUUCCACGCGGAGUUCUUCAGUCCUGGGGAGUGGGCGGACAUAUUCAAGGCCUCCGGAGCAAAGUACGUCGUCCUCACUGCCAAACAUCAUGAAGGAUUUACAAACUGGAAGUCUGUGAACUCCUGGAACUGGAACUCUGUUGAUUCCGGUCCUCACAGGGAUUUAGUGGGAGAGCUGGGAGAGGCCGUGCGCAACAGGUCCCUGCACUAUGGACUCUACAACUCCUUAUAUGAGUGGUUCCACCCCCUGUACCUGAACGACAAGAAGAAUGGCUUCAGGACGCAGGACUUUGUGAAGCAGAAGUUGCUUCCAGAGCUCUACAAUAUGGUUGUCAGGUAUCGACCGGAGCUGAUCUGGUCCGAUGGAGACUGGGAGGCGCCAGACAGCUACUGGAACUCCGCCGAGUUCCUGGCCUGGCUCUACAAUGACAGCCCUGUAAAAGACACCGUGGUGACCAAUGACCGGUGGGGGGCUGGCUGUGCCUGCAAACACGGCGGCUAUUACAACUGCCAAGACAAGUACUCCCCAGGCCAGCUGCCAGAGCACAAGUGGGAGAAAUGCACGUCUGUGGACACUCUGUCCUGGGGUUACAGACGGAAUAUGAGGAUCAUGGAACUCAUGGACCUGCCCACCAUUAUUGAGGAUCUGGUCAGCACAGUUGCUCUUGGGGGCAACUACCUUCUCAAUGUGGGUCCCACGGCUGAUGGAAUGAUCCCUGCCGUGUUUGAGGAGAGGCUUCGGGGCGUUGGAGCCUGGCUCCAGGUCAACGGAGAGGCCAUCUACGCCUCCAAACCCUGGAGGGUCCAGAUGGAGAACACCACUGUCCCAGUCUGGUACACCUCUAAAGGAUCCUCCAUCUACGCCAUUGUGACUGCAGCCCCGCCUACCACGACACUGAAUCUUUUGACGCCUAAAACCUCAGCAGCCACUGAAGUGAUCCUGCUGGGGAGUCCUUCAUCGUUACCCUGGGCCCCUCUUUACCCCAACGCCGGCCUGGCUGUCCUCCUCCCGGAGCUCCCCUGCGUUCCAGGUGGCGCUUGGACUCUUAGGCUGGAUGGUGUCUCAUGAGCGUUCAAACGCCUGCAAAGAUGGCGGCUCAAAACUCAGGUUAUUGGCAUUGAUUUGGAGGAGACAGUCGUAGUCUUUGUCUAAAGGGAGAACAGGUUUGCCUUGAAGAAUGAAGCACUGCUGCUCAGCAACUCGUUGAUUGGAAUCGGCUUUUGUUCUGAGGAUUGUGAUUUAAAUCCAGUUUAUGAGCUUUUAUUGUUUCAUCACUGUUGCUGUUUUCUACCUCUGAGGUCCUUUGAUGUCUGAAGAAUGAAACUGAAACUUCUUCACAUCAACUUGUUUUAGACCAAAGUAAAUGAAUGACGUAUCUUCUGCAUCUUACCAGGAGACUUUAAAGUUUCUGCUCCCUGUGAAUGACUAACGGUUGGGUUGAAUUCUUGCAGACAAAGUGGAUUUUUUUCUAUAAAUCUAUCAACACGCUGUACAAAUAUAGUCAGUCAGCACAAUAAAGAAGUUCUGCAAAGAC